AUGAAUUGGAAAAUUGAAUCGAAUGGUUUCAAAUAUGAGUUUAGAUUGAGUGUUUGUAAAGCUUUAAAAGAACCUGGUACUGUUACAAAUAAAGAAAAUGCUGGUGUUUGGGGUAGAGAAACAGAAACUUCAAAAACUUCUGAGGAAAAUUUAGGACAUAAUGUGGUGGUGGUUUAUACGGAAAAUUACGAUACUGCGUUCAUACGUGGGCAAUAUUAUUAUGAUAUGUUAUUUUUGAAAUACGAAGGGCCCAAUAAUUGUAAGGGAAUAAGUUCGGCGUACUACUAUACGUCUUUGAUUCGUUUUAUUUGUGACCAAACGGUUGAAAAAUCACAUCCUCCAAAGCUUAUCAACGUAUUCGAAGAUUGCGCAUUUUGGUUUGAAUGGAGAACACCUAGUGCAUGCCCUGUAAAGAUGAAUAGUCAGAGUACGGGUGCUAUAGGUGUUUUCUUUACAAUUCUUGGAAUCGCAUUGGCAGUCUACUUUAUAGGCGGAGUUGUAUAUAAUCGAAUAGUUUAUAAUGCUUCAGGGGUACGUCAAAUCCCUCAUUGGGAAUUCUGGAGAGACACAUUGGAUUUCACUAAGGAUAUGAUUCUGAUAAUACUAGCACAAUGUCCUAUUCCUAUAUUUCAACCAAGACGUCGACCUGGAAACUAUAGAAAUUUGCCAAGAGAUGAGGAACAUAUUAUAAUUGAUGAAGAAUUUGAAGAACAUUAA